CAUGUGCGGGAACUAGCAAGCUAGGGAACUACGGGAGAACUUGGUCUCAAAUAAGGUUAUUGAUUGUCAACAAAGAGGUGGCUCGUAACAACAAACUUUGGGGAUCAUCGCCUAGCAACACAUUGUUUAUAAUUCAAGCAGCUGUCUUCCCGACAACAGUGCUGUCAUAUUUGCUUAUUUUUUCGAAGCGACUGUUUCGUUGUAUUUUCGUCUUAGUUUGGUUUUAUAAAACAUAGUUAUUUAUUCACAUCAACUUAUAUCUUCUGCGUUCUAUUUUAGUUCGCGAUGGCCUGGGGACUUCCAAAACUACCGGGUCUAACGUUCUCGGAUCCGACAAAGACGCAAUAUCACAUAAAAAGUUCUCUGCGCUACUACCAGGGACACAGAUUCCAUGACACGAACAUCCGAGGCCCGGGGGGCACCGCCACCGACGUCGAUAGUAACGCCUUCGCCCUACCAGAGGAUUCAGUCAACUAUGACCCGUCGCUGACGUACGGGCGUGUGAAGCAGCCAGCCCUGCCGGCCGUGGUCCCCCACUGGGUGCAUUACGACAAACGCUGCCUCAACUUCACGGCUUUCUUCAAACAGCCCGUGUUUGACAAUCCUGACGAAAACUACCGAGUUCGGAUCGUUAACAUCGUGUACUUUCUAGAAGAUGACACGGUUACUGUUAUGGAACCUCGAGUUCAGAACUCUGGUAUAUGGCAAGGGAGGUUGGUGAAAAGAGGAAAAAUACCCAAGAACGACCUCGGCGAGUUUUGGCAUUGGAAAGAUCUCGACGUCGGCAAGGACAUCUGUAUUUAUGGGAAAGUAUUCCAUACUGUGUCCUGCGAUCUAUUCACAAAGGAAUGGCUGGAAUCUCAAGGUAUGGAGCUGUCCCAAGAGGAGUCGCUGCCUGUGGACGCUUACACGGAGAAAGAGAGAUGGAAGAACGUGCGGCCUCCAAAGAGGUCGCGGGUGCCUGACGACCAGCUGCUGCGGUUCCUGCAGUACGAUGGGAAGGUGCUCUGUUUCGACGUGGUUUGGGAUGAUCGCGACUCGGCCUUCGGUAACCUUAAGGAUUAUAAGCUUUUGUACUUCCUCCAAGAUGACACCAUCGCUAUUAAGGAAAUUCACGACGGCAAGGGCGGAAAAGAUCCUUUCCCAAUGCUUCUAAAGAAAACUAAGCUGCCUAAGAAAUGGAAAGAAAAGCCCGUUACAUUUCCAUCGUGCGUCCUUGAGGCCACGGAAGAAGAGGUCACGACGGAGUACUACGCGCCGAAGGACCUGAUAGUGGGUCAAACCGUCUUCAUCCUCGGCAGGAGGUUCCUGCUGGUCGAUUGCGACAAUUUCACCAGGAAAUACUUCAAAACAAUGCUAAAUAUUGAUCAACCGGAACGAGUGCACGUGCGUCAAGAGGAGAAAAAAGAAUUUCCCAAGCCGAUUCCGCCGCACAUCGCUAUCGGCUCGCCCGAGGACACGCUGCAAUCCUGCUUCGGACUCAUACCGAAGCCGCCGCACAAGGACAUCAUCAGAUACAACCUCAAUGCUAACAAGUAUCUCCGUUACCUGUGCGAGUUGGACUGGAUUCAUCCCGAGGAUAAUGGAAGGAGGUUCGUGAUGGCGUACAGCCUAGCUGACGGCUCUAUCAAGAUCGGCGAGAUCCCGCGCAGAAACUCGGGCAUACGUGAGGGCAAGUUCCUCCAGGCUAUGAAGCUGCAGACUCCGGAGUCAGACCCGAACUUCCCCACGUACUAUACACCUGACAGGUUCUAUAUAGGUGCGAUAAUACCGGUCUUCAAACAUCGCUUCAAGAUAAUUGGAUGUGACUUGUUCGUGUAUCGAUACAUGACCGCUAAUCCGGAGAAAUUCCCUCAGGAGGUUAUCGACAAUGUAUGCAAUUAUCACAUGCGGGAGGGCAACCUGAAAACUGAAUUUGAGAUUGCCGUUCGUGAAGAACAAGCAGCUGAGACUCGAGCUCAACUGGCCAAGAUCGGUUCUGCGGCUGUGGCUGAGCCGAGCGCCAUGGAGCGUUGCCUCGCCGCCCUGGACGUGGUGGAGGGCAGCGCCACCCCGCCGCGACCGCCCACACCGCCCAUGACAACCGACCGCAUCUCAUACGAUGACUCGCUGCGGGUUACUAGGAUGAGCAAACCUACGUGUGAAGAAAUAGCGCCUCUGAGAGGAAUACUGAAGUCGGGAGGAGCUCGUGACGAUCACCAGAAGGUGGUCUGCUUCAGCGGGCCCUCGGCGGAGGAGCAUCGGGAGCCUAAGAAACCGAAGCAGGCGAGCUACCCGCCAGGACAACAGCCGCACUACGAUGAUGAUGACGACUUCUGCGACCAAUAUAAGGAACCGGAUGCGGCGGAGCGUGCAGAAAGGCGAGCCCGGGACGAGUGUCCCUACGAAAUCGUUCCUAGCGCACAAGUUGCAUCUAAUGUCAUCGGAGAGGAGAAAGUUGAGAAGCCAACACUGCCUGGCUACCUGGGCACUUAUGGAGUCGACUGCAAGGAGGUGCCAGACUACAUGCGGCUUGCACCUGACGCGUACGAACGGGUGAAGAAGCUGCGUCGCGAGGUGCCAGAGAUAUCUCCAGCGGCGACACGUGUGGCAGAGUAUCCAAGGAUGGCCCCGCCGUCGGUGGACACGUGCAUCCACCCGCCGCCGGAAGCCACCGGGCCCUGCGCCCCGCAUAAGGAGGAAGACGUCGCCUUCGCAUGCCCACACGUCGAACCACGCAUACCGUGCUGCAAUCCCGAUAAACACCCCGUCUAACGCUUCUUAAAACUCAACUUUAUUGAGAGGUAAUUAGGUUUAGAAUGAAAUCAAUUAGCUUUGAUACUUAAUUUGCUUGUACUAUCUUCUAUAUUCUUUGCUGUCUUAGAGUUUAAUCUAGUACUAGGCUGAUUACCAAGUGACGUCAAAACUUCAACGUCAGUACUAAUGUAUGCUAUUGUUUGAUACACUACAAUUUAUCUUAUUAGAUGACAAGUCCAAAUUAUGUUUUUAUCAGUGUUAGUGCAUUUUAGUGUCUUAUUUAUAAUUUGAAUGUAUUUUUGUGAUCUUAAUUUGUGUAGUGAAGCAAUCGAGCGAAUAUUUUGCACGAGCAAUUUUGAUAUUAUAAUUUUAAAUCUAGUUAUAGUAGUAAUUAUGAACGGCUGAAAAUCAUGAUAAUAAUGCUGAUUAAAAUUUUGGUUUUAAUACGCCUUUUAUUUGACCGAAACUUGCGUAGCAAUCCAGUUUACAAGAAUUCCCAUGUAGGUAGGCUACCUCUUAAGUUAAAUAAAAAAGUAAACAC